AUGCCUCGCGCCGUGGCGCUCGUCGCGCUGGCGGCGGCGGUACUACUGCCGGUGCUGGCAGCCAACACUGUCGAGCCCGUCGUCGACCGUCGCCUGAUCCUCCGGCCCGGUCACAUGUGCGGCACGCAGGGCAGGAGGUACGCGCCUGGCAGCGCCUACGAGGCCAACCUACGGCGGCUCGCCACCACCGUUGCCGCCGAGGUGAACGCCAGCCCCUGCAACUGCUCUGCCGGCAGCGUCGCCGGCCGCCGCCCCGACCAGGUCACGGCGUCAGCGUACUGCUACUGGCGGCCAGGCGCGAGCUCGCCGGACUGUGGCGCCUGCGUCGCGCUGGCCUUCCGGGAGGCGCAGCGCCUCUGCCCGUACCUCAUGCAGGCCGUGGCCGUGGUCGACGGUGGUGCCUGCAGCGUCAGCUUCCAAGAGGUGCAGCAGCGCAGGGCAGAGGACGUGCGCAAGAUCCACUACCAAUAUUACAAUUUCAUCUUCCGUUCCGGGUAUACACUGUCUUGGUGGAUCAACCAAGAUGUCCUUCUGAUACUGCUGUUUCAAGCAACUGGACUGGCCUGUGUUGUUUUCUUGUUCCUCCAAGAAUGGCAGCACCAGAAGCAGAGGCCCUGCCAUAGUGCCAUCGACAGGUAA